AUGGUGAUCUACGCAUGGACGAGGCUAAAGGUACGUGCUAUCCAGGAGUGGGAGGCACCGAUAAAGGUAACUGAGUUGAGAUCCUUCCUUGGCCUUGUUAACUACUAUCAUCGAUUCAUUAGUGGCUACUCAGCCAAGGCCGCACCAUUGACUGAGUUGCUAAAACAGAACAAGUCAGGGAUUUGGACGGAGCGUUAUCAAAAGGCGUUUGAAGGCCUUAAGGCAGCUGUAACAGAGGAGCCAGUCUUGGCAUUACCUAACUUUGCCAAGAUAUUUGAGGUGCAUACAGAUGCCUCACACUUUACCAUUGGAGGUGUCCUGGCCACUGCCUUCAGCGAUUUCCGCACCUGCAGUGCGUUGACUGUAUCUGCGGUCUCGCUUCUGCGGACUAUUGUCCGCUUCUGUGGAGAUGGGCCCGGCCAGCUGUGGCCGCACCUGUAG